AUUUAAGAAUGGGUGAACUAUGACACGUCACGUGACACGUGACAACACGAGGCGAACCACGGACUUCACUCGGAAUCAAAGACAUUUAAGAUUCAGAAGUUUUAAUGGCGUCAGUGGAACAGUUCAAUCCGGACCCCGACGAAUUCGAGGAGGAGGUGAAACGCAGAGACGAUCUAGCAGAAUCGACGAGGCGUGAAAACUACAUCGCAGCUCGCAAAAUACAGGUUAACGGCUGUUUCGUCGAUAACCUGCAAACGAUUCGACAAAAACGGGGUGAAUGUAUACGCCAAAGAUAACCUCGCACGAUAAUCCGCUGCACAAGUUAUCGUCCUUAUCCGGUGAUCCUGACUAAUAAUAACGUGUUUGAUGUCGUAAUGGGAGUCACUCGUGAUAAUGAAUGUUCGAGGUCAAGAUCACACGCUAUCUCAUCCAUCGUGUUAUCUGCGGUUUUUCUUGUCUUUUUCUAAUUCAUUUAGAUUGAUAUCCUCUCCGCCCCUUGAAAAUAGGUAGAUGCAUUUCACUAACUAAACAUUCUAAUGCAUCAGCUCUUAAAAUAGUUUCGUAAAGAAUUAUUUAAAAUCAUAGUCUAAACCUGUACCUCCUAAGAAAUAUUUGUAAUACAAGAAAAAUCCUACUUACAUGUAUGUACGCACAUGAGCUUGAAAUAGACUCAAAUUUUGAACAGUACCUACUUUUUGAUCCCGAAAUUUUGGUACAUGCAAAUUUGGGAGAAAUUCACGCAGCAAUUUUUGCGACGCGUAUUCAACCGUGAAUUCAGCCAACUGGACUUUGUUGCGUCGCUUCAGGCUUGGAUGCGUGGGAUCCUCACCCGCAACCAUUUCAGACUGCUACACAAAAGCGCGACCAUCAUCCAACGCCAUUGGAGAGGCCAUAGAACCAGGAUCGCGGUUGAUCUGUACCUGAUCGAACGCGUGCAUCAGAUAUGGCAGAAUUAUUACGAUCAGAUGGCGACGAGGAUUCAGGCGAUGUGGCGCGGUUACUGGGUCAGAAAGACGGUACUCGAUAUACCGAAAAUGCGACGCUGGUUGCAAAACGUUUACUCGAAGAAUCAGGAGACCGUGGAAAAUAUGAGAAAGUUUGUAUCGGUUCUUCUUGGGGAAUACGAUUGUUGUACCUAUCUUCUUUCAGGUUCAGGCAGGAUGUGCUCAAGUAUAGGGAAGGAGUCAUGGAGUAUGAAUCUAUGCAGUGGAUUCUGUUCAUCCUCUUCAAACUGCACCAUUUGUUAAGAACACACCAACGUCCAGGCGUGAUCACCAGAAUCGACAAAACAUGCUUCACAUACAUCGAAGAGAUGAUGAAGUGUUUCGAAUACAGACGCUACGGAGAAAGAAAGACCCAAAACUGCCGUGACUGUCAAAUCGACCCCAAACCAUCACUACUCCUGCGUGGGACCUACUACGAACGAUGCGAAAGGGAAAUUCGAGAGAUCGAAAGACGCAUCAAAGUUGGAAUAACGCCAAUCUCUAGAAGUCGACCAUACGAGGAGAACGACAAGCAUCGACACAAACAGAAUCAGUUAAAACUGGAGGCAGCGAUACACGAAAAAUAUUUGACGAACUCGUGCAACAUGGAAAUGAAAGAAAAGUGUGAUUCAAAAAUUGAAUCGCGAAUUCCUUGUGCGGAUCUUUAUAAAGAGAUCAAGGAAAUGGACUGUCACUUGAAUCAGCUUCGUUUGCAGUGCCCGAUUCACGAUCCAUCCUUGUGAUCGAUUAACAGGAAAAUACACGUUACGCGCUAUAUAAACUAGAAUUAAAACAAGUACAUCUUUGGUGUCACAUAAGGGGAACCGAUAAAAUUUUCUGGUCAUC